UAAAAAUCGUAAAACCACCGGACCUUUUACCCAAAUCCCAAAUCCCAAAUCAGUUCUUAUUCUCACAAAAAAAAAAAAAAAAACCGUGCCGCUCACCAGUACCACCACCAUCUGUUCAGCGUCGCUGCCGGUCGACAGCUGUCUCCACUCCGGCGACCACUCUGUCUCCCGCUUCCUCUGUCGUCGGCGCCCAUUACCGUUGCGUUCCGGUCAAGCUGCUGCUUCCUCCGUCGCCGGAUUUCACCACUGUCGUCGCCUUCUCCGCUCCAGCCUUCAGCCGUCGCCGUCCAACUUCAUUUCAAAUUUCAGCCACAGCCCAAGCCAAACCCACUUGAGAAACAGGAAGAGAAAAUAAAAAAUGCACGGCCGCCCCCGAAAAGCACCGAAACCUGAAGAGGAAGCGGCUUCGGUUGCCAAAGCUCAGAAGUUGCGCGCUCUCCAAACUCAAUUCUUCUCCUUUCACCAUAAUAAAAUUUACACUAAAGAGGCGGUUGAACUUAGUGCUAAGCUUCUUGAGAUCAAUCCUGAAUCGUACACCGCUUGGAACUAUAGGAAACUCGCUGUUGAGCACUAUCUGAGUCAGCCCGAUUGUAAUCCUGACUUGAUCAAAUCUGUUCUAGAUGAUGAACUCAGAGUGGUAGAGAACGCAUUGAGGCAAAAUUUUAAGUCAUAUGGAGCGUGGCAUCAUCGAAAAUGGGUUAUCAGCAAGGGCCAUUCAUCGGUCGAUAAUGAGCUCAGAUUGCUGGACAAGUUCCAGAAGGCUGAUUCUCGUAAUUUCCAUGCAUGGAAUUAUAGGAGAUUUGUUGCAGAGUCAAUGAAGAGAUCAGAACAGGAUGAAUUGAAGUAUACUGAGGAUAUGAUUUAUAAAAAUUUUAGUAACUACUCUGCAUGGCAUAAUCGAAGUGUAUUGUUGUCUGCUUUAUUUGAGAAAAAGGCUGAAGGAUUUCUCUCGAAAGAGAAGGUCUUGCCAGAGGAAUAUGAAUUCAUACACCAAGCUAUAUUUACAGACCCUGAUGAUCAAAGUGGAUGGUUUUAUCAUCUUUGGCUACUAGACCAAACAGUUACAACUGACUCUCCUCUACUUGCUUCAUCUUGGCCUGGUCAUGGUUAUGAUGUCCUUUUAGUGGAAGAUAGAUGCUAUAAUGGUUCUGCAUUUUCUCCAUUUACUGCUUUGCAUUCUGAUUCAGGGUCAUUUCCUAUUGUUCUUUAUUUUAAUCAACCUGUUGGGGGUGUAAGCUCAUCUACAGUUACUGUAGAAUGUGGAUUUAAUAAAAAUGAAGAUCUUCUUUGGAAACCACUUUCUGCAAGCAACUCACAAACUGCACGAGUUUGGGUUGCACAUUUAAAAAUUCCAUCUUCAGAUCUUCAUUCUACAGUUGAAGUUAGUGUUGGACAUUCUAAGGGAAUCAUUUCAACAAGAGGGUUUGAAUAUAGCGAUCCUUCAAUGUUUUCAUUUAAAGUACAUGUACAGCCUAUGGAAAGAGGUUUCUCUCAAGUUUCUGUUGCAGAAAGUAUUUCAUUGAGAGAAGAAAAUUUUAAGAUCUAUGGAACACAAUCGGAGGAAUCAAUUAUUAACUCUUUUAAUCAACUAAGUAUCAAGAAUGGUCAUGAAUCAACUGCAUCUAACUGGCGCUCUGAGGCUUUAGCUAAAGAGAUUGAAUGCUUCCGUGAACUGUUAUCGUUGAUGGACUGUAAAAUUGGAAAGCUUACACUUGCUAGAUUACUGAUGGCUUAUGAUGUAAUGUCAUAUCCAUUUGCUAACAAACUGGUGCAUUCAGAAGAAGUUCUUGAGCUGUAUAGUGAUUUGAUGAAAUUGGAUCCAACACAUUACCAGUACUACAAGGAUGAACAUAGCAUGGUCUUGCUACAGAAGGUGACUUCUAGUAAAGAGUCUUUACUUCAACAUUGCUUUCAGUAUAAGGACUCAGUUUCAUCAGCCAUAUGUGGUCCUAUCUGUCUCCGGCUGAAUAACUUAUCGCUAUCACGGAUGGGAGCUUUUGAGAAAUUAUUGUGGGUCCAAAUGUUAGAUCUCAGCGACAAUGAACUACAAUCAAUUGAAGGAUUGGAAGCUAUGCAGCUCCUCUCUUGUUUGAGUUUGAGAAACAAUAAACUGAGAAGUUUAACUGCUCUGGAGCCUUUGAGAAAGCUCAAGUUAUUAAGAGUACUGGAUAUUUCAUACAACCAGAUUGGUGAUCAUUCUAUUGACACAACAAGGUACUUGUGCUCUUCUCCUUUGUCUCAUUCAGUUGGAAGUGAAUCGAACAAGGAUGAAACCGUGACCAGUGAUGUUGCUCUUAUUGACAAUUGGGAGGCUUUUUAUAUUUUUAUAGACUUCAACUUGAAUCAAUUAGAUAUAGUGGGGAACACAAUUGCUGAUGAAAAGUUUAAGUCAGUUCUGGUUAAGAUUAUGCCUAAACUUAAGCAACUAGAUGGCAAACUCUUAGGUUGAGUUUCAAUAUAUUUGCUUGGUACUCUUUACAUUUAAGUUUCAAUAUUAAGUCAUCGAACUAUUCAAAAAAGUUUUUACUUAA